AGUGGACAUGUGAGAAGUGAAGGAUCCAGUGGACAUGUGAGAAGUGAAAGAUCCAGUGGACAUGUGAGAAGUGAAAGAUCCAGUGGACAUGUGAGAAGUGAAGGAUCCAGUGGACAUGUGAGAAGUGAAGGAUCCAGUGGACAUGUGAGAAGUGAAGGAUCCAGUGGACAUGUGAGAAAUGAAGGAUCCAGUGGACAUGUGAGAAGUGAAAGAUGCAAUCAGUAUACAAUGGCUGAAGGAUUAAAUAAAUCUUUGAAAAGGGAAGCAUCUGCCGAACAAAUUAAACAUGAUGGAUCCAGUGACCAUUUACCAACUGAAGGAUUCAGAGAACAUAUAAUAAGUGAAGGAUGCAGUGAAUAUUUGAAAAGUGAUGGAUCCAGUGGGCAAACACAAUCAUUAGAAGAUGCUAACUGUUACAUCAAGGAUGUCUACAAGGAGAUACCAAAAACUUCAACAGCACACUGCACCAAUCAGGAGGAGGUUUUAACACAUGGAAAUACCGAGGUCUUACCUGUACCAGUCACACCUGUGGCUGAUAGAAGCAACAAACAUUUCUCCAGCAACUCCAGAAACCUACAGUCAGAGAGUAUAGAUAACCUCACUCACAGUGAACCUUUGACCUCUGUUGGUAUGAGUAAAGGAAAGAUUCAUGAGAUUAAAAACUUUAAUGGUAUGACAGAGGGUGAAUCUGCCGAAGUAGAUGAUGUGACUCAGGCAAAGAUUCAUGAGAUUAAAGACUUUAGUGGUAUGACAGAGGGUGAAUCUGCCGAAGUAUAUGAUGUGACACAGGCAAAGAUUCAUGAGAUUAAGGACUUCAGUGAUAUGACAGAGGGUGAAUCUGCCAAAGUAGAUGAUGUGACUCAGGCAAAGAUUCAUGAGAUUAAAAACUUUAGUGGUAUGACAGAGGGUGAAUCUGCUGAAGUAGAUGAUGUGACACAGGCAAAGAUUCAUGAGAUUAAGGACUUCAGUGAUAUGACAGAGGGUGAAUCUGCUGAAGUAGAUGAUGUGACACAGGCAACGAUUCAUGAGAUUAAGGACUUCAGUGAUAUGACAGAGGGUGAAUCUGCUGAAGUAUAUGAUGUGACACAGGCAAAGAUUCAUGAGAUUAAGGACUUCAGUGAUAUGACAGAGGGUGAAUCUGCUGAAGUAGAUGAUGUGACACAGGCAACGAUUCAUGAGAUUAAGGACUUCAGUGAUAUGACAGAGGGGGAACUCUCAGAAGCAAUUGAUGGUGUUUCCCUCAGUGGCCAGGACAUGUGUGAAGCAGUGGCUAAUUUGGCUGGUUACAACUCUGAGGCAUCUAGGGGAGUUAUCCUUCCAGUUCAAGGACUGAGGAGUACAUAUCCAGACUCAUGUAUAAGUGAGAUGAACUGGAGUAUGAAGGAGGGACACCUGAUCCAGCUAGAGGGGCUGCCGAUUAGUGCUGACCUCCAGGUGCUCGAGGACUUGGUGGCAUCCUACGGGAGCAUUCUAAGACGGGAGGUGCUGUCAGUGAACGGACAGCUCUUUGUUAGAUACAGGUUAGAAAGUGAGGAAGCGUGUAAUUUUGCUGUGGAGUGUCUUCAUGACUCGGACUGCAUUUAUCCAGAAGCCACAUCCGUCUUGAUCUGCAUGCGGGUAUAAGCUAGCUACCAUAGAACCUCGCUACCAUAGAACCUCCUUGCUGUGGAACCUUGUUACCAUCGAAUGUUGUCAACAUGGAACCCUGUGUUGGUUCCCUGUUACUUGGGAAACCUGUCACUGUUGAUCCCUCUCAUCAUGGAAUCUGUGAAGCCUUGUUACCAUGGAUCCAUGUCACCUGGAAAUCUUGUCACUGUGGAUCCCUGUCGUUGUGAAUCCCUGUCACUUAGGAAUCUUGUCAAUGUGGAUCCUUCUCACCUUGGAUGUCCGCUGUCAUGGAUCCUGUCACAGUGGAUAUUUUGUCACUGUGGAUCCUUAUGACAUGGGAAUCUCGUCACUGUGGAUCUUUCUUACCAUGGAACCUGUGAUCCUUUGUCAUUGUGGAGCUUUGUUACCACAGAUCCUUGUCACCUUAGAUCCCUGUCACUUGAGAAUUUUGUCACUGUGGAUACCUUUCACCAUGGAUCCUUGUCACCUUGGAAUCUAGUCACUGUGGAUCCUUCUCACCAUAUGACCUGUGAAUCCUUGUUACAACUGUUGAACUUUGUUACCAUAGAUCCCUGUCACCUGGGAAUUUUGUCACUAUGGAUCUCUGUCAGCAUGGAUCUUUCUCACCUUGGAUCCCUUUCACCUUAGAAUCUUGUGAUUAUGGAUCCAUGUCACCUGGAGCUCUUGUCACCACAGAUCCUUGUCACCGAAGAUCCUUGUCACCGAGGAUCCCUGUCUCCUGGGAAUCUUGUCACCUGGGAAUCUUGUCGUCGUGGAUCGCUGUCACCUUUAAUCUUUUUUACCAUGGAUCCUUGUCACUUUGGAUCCCUGUCACCUGGGAAUCUUGUCACUGUGGAUCCUUUUCACCUUGGAUCUCUUUCACCUGGGAAUAUUGUCACUGUGGAUACUUGUAGUUGUAGCUGCCACAGCUAUAACAGUUGUCACCGUUUCGCAACAUUUCAUUUCUGAUGACUUCUUUCUGAAGGUAGAUAUCUGCCCACGUGUGGCACUUCUGUUCAGCCUGUUAAUGAGUUAUCCAGAGGAUCCACAUAUCCACAUAUAUCAGAGGAGAAGUACAGGAUACCAGGUUACUGACCAGAUCAGGAAUGAGUGAUUGUGCUUCAAGAAGAAAUUGGAUAUCUACACUGAUUUUAAAAUUUUAAGAUUUUAAAAACUUUUUCACAUAGACACGAGGCCUACACAGUCUUAACCCAGUGCCUUGUACGGUAUCGUUUUGAUGAAAUGUACUUAAAGCUGAAAACUUUCAAAAACUUUUUAAUCCAGUUGUAAAGGUAUAAAACAUGCAGGGAAAUGCAGAAAUGGGUGAUAUUUAUUGUGAUAUGUUUUUUUUGUAUCUCAAGCUUGUCUGGCUCUCCAGCUACAAGCGGUUACAUGAUGUCCCAUGUGGCAUGCUGAAAUAACAAGUUAUUAUUAUCACUUUUUCGUGAUUGAGUUGAAUUUUACGAAGGUAACAGGUCUCCACCAGGUGUUAGUCAUUAGGGUUUGGCAUUUUUCUUGAGGUACCUUGUUUUUUCUGGUUUUAUAUGUUUAGGAUUUCCUUAUGACACUUUUGAUGCUAACAUAGACCUAUAACAGCUGAGUGACUAGGAUUUCAUUGUUGUUGCUUCUGAAGAGCUUUAUUUCGAGAGAGUAAACGAAAGUGUAAGGCCUGGUGCAGCAGUUUGUCUUAUAUUUGGAUUGAGUGCUUGUAAUAUUUUUCUUCUUGCGUGAAAGCAGAAAAUAUGGGUGUACCUAAUGGGAUUUAAGGCUUUAGGCAAAGUCAGUUGCUGGAGAGUUAUUACGGUGCUUUAAUUACAUCAUUGGUUUAAUGGUGUAAUGUUAACAAAUGUACAAUUUUUUGUUAUUAUUUCUCUGUAAUUUUAUCCACAUUUAUAUUAUUUCAUUUGAAUCUGUACCACAGUCUGAAACAGACAUUCAUUUUGUUAAACUAUAUCCACAUUGACCAAUCUAUCAGCCUUGUGGUAUCUGGUGUGCAUUUUCUCUGAAAAUAAGGUCAUUGUUACGACUGCUGCGCCGUCCACGUGUAGAAAAACUUUAAAUACACAGAUAUCAUUCAAUAAUGAUGGAACGUUUCUGCAUUAUGUACACGAAUAAUGUUUAUUGUUUGUUUGAUUGAUACUUUACACGAUACUAAAGACUUUUUCUCUAAUACCAGUGUGGAGUAAUCUUCCCCCCAUUGACAUAGUCACCGCUAAGACCGGAUUCGAGGCUGCGAAGUUAGAGGCCCAUUGGAUGCUGGCAGACUAAAACUUCACAAGUGAGCCGAAGUGACCAGCGCUUUGAUUUCAUGAACCAGCCACACUCCUCAGGUUUGCUGCCGUAUGACCUUGUAAUAUACAAUAUAUCACCCAUGGUGCUCCCGAGAAAAGGCAGGUUUGCUGCCGUAUAUCCUUGGAUUACUCGGCGUAACGCCCAAGGUGUACCCUAGAAAAAGGGGUUUGGUGACGUAUGACCUUGGAUUACACAGUGUAACACUCAAGUUGUACCCUGGAAAAUGCAGGUUUGCUGCCGUAUAUCCUUAGAUUACACAGUGUAACGCCCAAGGUGUACCGUGGAGAAUGCAGGUUAGUUGCCCUAUAUCCUUGGAUUACACAGCGUAAGGCCCAAGGUAUACCCAGGAAAAUGCAGGUUGGCGGCCGUAUAUCCUUUAAGGCACAAUGUAACGCCCAAAGUGUACCCGGGUAAAUGCAAGUGUGCUGCCGUUUGACCUUGGGAUACACAGUAUAACACUGAAGGUGCACCCGAGAAGAGGUUGACAUGACUCUGGAAAAUGCGGCAUCCAAGAAAAGACACCCCAGAAGGCUACACUUCGACACAUCCUGUCUUUUCUCCUUAAAGUUAGACAGUUCACUCAUUUUGGCCUCUGGUAUUACUUCAGUUCAGUGAGGGGAAGAAACUUCACGAGACCUUUCCACGUCAAACCCGUGGAAAAUUGUUGUUGUCCCAGCUGGCAGCCCGUUCAAGUCGGUGAACAAAAUCCAGCUCAAGUGAUUUGACUGUGACUUUGGUCUGAAUG